UGGAGCCGGCUGCGCUGGCGGCUCGGGCGCUCCGCGGCUGCCGGGCACGGGGCGCGGACGGCAGUGGGAGCCCAGCGCCGCCGGGAGCCGCCCGCCCGCCCGCUCGGUCUGUCCCCGGGGAGCCGCCGCCGCGGGAGCCUGCUGCGGUCGCCGGCAGAGAUUAAUGGUAAGGAAAAAGUGGAUAGAAAGGGAACCCAGAUGAGCCCAGCACCCAGCAGUGAAGGUUAGCAGAGACGUGCAUGAACUGUGCCAGCACAAGGUUGACCAGCCUGGAUCACGGUGCUAGGGACCUGAAGCAAGGAUCCUGACUGAUGUUUAGUACGACCUGACUUCUUGAGAACAAGUAUUUCUCUGAAGGCCUGUCCCCUCAAAGCAGCACGCAGGACAAGCUUGGCUAGAAAGAGAUACAUGGGACACGCAGAUGGUUAAAGACUAGAACAGACACUGCUUCAAGUCCCAAGAUCUGUGAAGGAAGAAUCGGAUCAAGGAGCCUGAAGACGACCAUGGAGGGAGACUGUCUGAGCUGUAUGAAGUACCUGAUGUUUCUUUUCAAUUUCUUUAUAUUUCUGGGAGGAGCAUGCCUGCUGGGACUUGGGAUCUGGGUCAUUGUGGAUCCCACAGGUUUUCGAGAGAUAGUGGCUGCCAACCCUCUGCUCUUCACAGGAGCAUACAUCAUGCUGGCUAUGGGAGCGAUGCUCUUUUUGCUGGGUUUCCUCGGCUGCUGUGGUGCCAUCCGUGAGAACAAAUGCCUCCUGCUUUUUUUCUUCAUGUUUAUUUUGUUAAUCUUCCUGGCGGAGCUUUCGGCUGCAAUCCUGGCUUUUAUCUUCAGAGAAAAUCUGACCAGAGAGUUUUUCACCAAGGAGCUGAAGAAGCAUUACCUGAGGAACAAUGACACGGACGUCUUCUCUUCUACCUGGAACUCUGUUAUGAUCACAUUUGCCUGCUGUGGAGUGAAUGGACCAGAAGAUUUUGAAUCUGUCCCUCAUUUUCCAUACUCCUCUUUGGAAAAGGCGACACCAGAGGCUUGUUGCCAGCGAGAACUCCAGAGCCGGGAAGGGAUGUUUGUCAACAAGGAAGCCUGCCUCACAGGCGUUGAGAGGUUUCAGAAUCGACAGGGCUGCUACACUGUGAUCCUGAACUCCUUUGAGACCUAUGUGUACCUUGCAGGAGCCCUUGCCAUCGGAGUGUUGGCUAUUGAGCUGUUCGCCAUGAUCUUUGCUAUGUGUCUCUUUCGAGGGAUCCAGUAAGAGGUGGCCCAUGAACCACCACGUUCCCCACAUGCUCGGAAGAAGGAAAAUCAGAAGAAACAAAACCUGAAAACACCCAAAAAACUUUAUUUUUUUUAACAAAAUGGGGUAGGGAAAAAAAAAAAAGAAAAAAAAAAGAGGUUGUAAUAUAUGAAUGACCAAAAGGAUUGUACUUCAGGGGCUGGAACUUUGAGGUGAUGUGCACUACACUGUACACCGGACCCUUGCCCAGAGCCACCCGCAGCAGCCGUGGAGCAGGAGCCCAGCGCAGCUGAUUGCACUAGAGACUGAUGGAGCCGGCCGGGCGGGAGCGGGAGGACGGGCACAGCUGUCUCUCCUGCAAGGCCAUGGCUACCGUUCACGACUUUGUCAUGCUUUAGACAGCAAAGGACUGAAGAACAGACAUGCAGGGGCUGGAUGAGCCAAAGUCUGGACUGUCCAGGUGGGUUUGCAACAAGCAGUGGUGGCUUACCUAAGAAGCAGGUAGUCAUCGUUUGCAUGGUUCUGGCUUGAAUUCCCAGCCACGAAAUGAAAACACACAUGCUUCAGUGGAAGCUCUGCCCUCGUCACCUGAAGCUUGCCAGAGAAGUCAAGCACUGCAGUGAGGCUGGCUUCCCUCUGGAGCCCCAGGCAGGGGCAGCAUAGUCUCAUAUAGCAAUGGGAUUCAGCUAAGGCUGGCUGAUGGUCGAGAAUUUGGUGCCUACCUUUCUGUUUUUACUAAGAUUUACUGUUCGUUGUUGUGAAAAAGAAAGAAACCAAACGGUUCCCUACUGUCUUUCCAUCUCCUGGGAAAAAUUAUGGCUCUGGCCAAGAAUCACUGAUACUGCUGCCUUCCUGAGAAGGCAAGGAAAUAUUAAAUCUUGUCAGCCUUUGCCUUUCCCUUCAUACUUGCAAAAAGUGGAUUGUGGUGCUCUGUUAGCAUAAAUAUUUGCAGUGGUUCUUACAUGCUUUCCAGUUCUAAGGGGAGGUCCAGGCAUGGUGCUGGAUGGAGGAGGCUGAGGUUUGUCAGCCACUCCCACGCUGUUUGCCUGAAAGAGUCUUGUGGCGUUACUUCUGUUCAGAGGAUUUCCUGCAGGAUUCUCCCAUGGGCUCAUGAUGAAAGCAUCAAAUCAGAAUUGUUUUAGUCUGCCUGUUAGUUGAGAGUGUUUCCUCCCCUGAGAUAGUUUGACAUUUAACUGACGUGUCAUCUACUUAAUCAUUUGGAAGUGAACUUGAGAAAGAUGCCUGGGGCUGGACCUUGGUCAGAGGUUAAGGUGGAACUGCUGAGGCCCCAGGCAGGCUCUAAGAGCAUCCAGCGGACAGCCAAACCACCCCAGCUGCUGCCCCAGGGACUGUGGUUAUUGACCCAGACAGGUCACUCUCCUCUGGAAGCAUCAAUUCCUGUUGCCUUAGUUGUUCAUGUGGUUACUCCCUGACCCCAAACUCACUUUACUUGGGGGAGGACAGAAGGGGCUGUGGUUUCUUGUUUAGCUUAGGUCUUUUUACAGAUUUUAUAGGCUCAGAUUGUGGAGCACUUUUAUAUAGGCUGAAACCAGCCCCUCUGGAAGCUGUAACCACUGGCAAGCCAGGGAGAGGGGGCAGAAGGCAGCAGCAAAGAGCAGAGCGGUAACCUCGUGCCCUGACUUUGCAGCAACAGGUAUGUUGCCUGGGUGUUCCCUGACACCACCAGGGCUGUGUCCCUUGGGCUUUCCCAGUGGCACUGCACAGGCUACAGGGAAGGAAGGAAAGCAGCAGAAAGGCUUGUCCAUGACAGAAAAAGAUCCUGGUUAAAUAUCCAGAUUGGGGAAUGAGGAUGCUAAGGAACAGGAAGGAGGCAUUAGAGCUUUUCCAAGUUUUAUUUGAGAACAAUUUGCACAUCAGCAGGAGAGGGCCUGGGCAGGUAGAGCUGUAGCCCACCCGGUGCUGCAGUCAGCAUAUUCCAGCAUUGUAAUAGGCGGCCAGGGCUACUGAGCGGCCUCAGAUGUUGCAUUAAACCUUGUGGAAAGCUUUUCUGAACUGUUUCCCUCUGGAUCUUCUUUUAAUGAGGCAUUUUAGCAUUAAAUCCUGGUCUGUUGUUUAAUGAAGGAAAACAGUUACACUAGCCAAAACCCAGCAGUAUUUGUACCCAACAGCAGGUGCUGUGCUUAAGAUAGGAAAAAUCUGUUGCAUCUGCUAGUCUUGCAGGGAAUGGGCUGAGCAGAAGGCGAGCUUAUCUGUUCUGCUUCUGCCUCAGGAGCUGGUGUCAGUGACUGUUCUGGGAGAGCAAUUCCCCAGGGAUGAAUAAACCAUCAGCAAAGACAGUAAUUUGGCUGGAUGUGAGCAAGGGAAGCAAACUGCCUCCCCCAGUCUCCAAUUUUUUCCUUUACCCUCAGUUUAUUAUGUAAAGGCCUGGCUGUCUCAGGUCAGAGCCUGGAAGGUGAAUAACCUGAUUUGGAUAUUUGGGUACCUGCAUGGUGGGUGGCUGAAGGAAGAAAAAAACCAAAAAGCCUUAAAGCCUUUUUCUGCUACCAGUGGCAUGGGGGAAAAAAACAUCAGAGCUGGGGGAACUGGACCAAAAGCACCGAAGUGCAAAGUGAUAAAUAUACACACUUGAAGCAGGACUUCUGCUUGUUUCUCUUUGGCUUUCCUAAUUCUGUACUCAUUGCUUUGUCUGGGUUUAGCUUUCUCACUUUCCCUCUCUCCCUAAUGGUAGUCCCUGUACCUUAAAAUCGCUCUCAUUCUUCUGUUAUUCUGGCCUUUCUUACCUGCUCCGAUCCCCCAUUGCUCUUUUCUGGCUGAAGACUUCAAACCCUCUCUGCAGCUGGCUAGUGUGCCACUGGGAACACAGCUUGAAACCCCAGCAAAGGCCAGGCAGCACAUUUUAAACAAGAAUUGGAGAUAGCUGUAAAGAUACGUGCAAGUCUGAGAAGACCUGUGGAAGGUGGUAAGAGGCAGAAGGCAUUUCCCCCUGGGGAAUUUAACGAACAAGCAAGACCAGAAAGCAGACUCCUGCUGUAUGGCAAAGCAUGUAAAUUUGUUGGUUUUGUCCUUUGGUUUUGUGGCUGCCCCCUCUGUUGUACAGUAGUUUUCAGAACAGUAGGCAGGAGAAGCAACUGUAUUUUUAUAUUUGUUUUUAACAGCUCUGGUGAGUAUUUUGGGGUAAGGGGCUCAAGCUAGAUUUGCUGCUUGCUGGAGAGCUCCAGCAGGCUGGGGACUGGAGGAAGCUGCCGUGCUGCUGCCUCCUUCGCUGUAGUACAGUGACCGUGGCCCAAGGACCUUGGGUGGAAGGAGUAAAAAGCAGCUUGUGCCUGUGAGCCCACAGCCCCUCUUGGUGCCCCUGCCUCCUGGCUGUUAUUUAAUGCUCAAGUGACUGUCACAAACGCCUGGGAAAAGGGCUACGUGUGAAAUAACGUUUGAAAUCUAUUUUAAAAAAAAACCUGUAAAUGUUCUUUUUAUUAGAUAGUGGAGCUAAUUUAUCCUGUAUUCCCUACUGUAAUGCUUUUUUAUAUUGAAAGGAUUUUUUUUUUUUGGUAAUAUAAACCAGAACACAAGCCUGAAGCACUCUCUGCACGUUUUUUGUGUGCUUUUCUUAAAAAAUUAAAAAAUAAAAGAAAGAUAUUGUGACA